CGACGAUGAGUGGUGUUGUAUGCAGGAACUCUUCUGCUUGUGUAGACAAGUGUUUCUAUAGUUGUGUUUGUUGCACUUUGUUAUAUUACUACUUGUAGGUAUUCCAAUAAAGAAACAUUCGUGAUGGUGCCGGUAGUUUGGUUCUUAGGUCAAUACGGAAGAUGCGGCUUACACGUUGUAAUACUUUUAUUAUUCGUUGCUUAUGUUAUGUAAAACAACGAGAACAACUUCCAAGAGACGGCAACAAGAUAUUAGAGAGAUUGUGAAUAUGGCAGAGAGCGGAACAGAGUCAAAAACUAUUGAUAAUCAAAUGAACAAGAGUCAAAUGGAUGUCAGCGAAUGUCUUGGCAAUUGGCUCAUUUAUUUGCAGACUCUCAAUGGUCUUUGUACGGCUGGUACUAAAUUGGCACAAUCUCUUCAAGCACUUUUAUCCGUACAUGAUACUGUUGCUCAGUAUCGUUUGUCUGGACAAUGCCUUGCUGGUUGGGAAGAAUUAUCAAGAGCUACAAAUGUUGCCAGUAAUACAGUUAAAAAUCAUGUGAUCGCUGCCUUAAAGGAUCAUGAAGCCAGAAAUAACGAAGGAGAUAAACAUGACAUUCUCAGAGACAAUUUGUUAACAUUUAUUAAUUUGCAAUAUCAAUUUUGUGUGGCCUGUUGCGAAUGCCUUGGUGGUAUGGCCGAAUGUUCUUGCUCACAGAGUGGUAGUGCUGAUUGUGAUAUAGCUGCGCUUCAACAAUGUUUCGAAAGAUUAUAUAGAUCACCAAUUUCAUCUUCCACGACGCAGCAACCGGUACAAAAUUGUCACAGAUCACCUUUACCAUAUCCGUUGUUUCCUCUGCAGGUCCAGAGGAGAUGGUCUGAGACAGCCGCAGCAGAUAUGUCCGGAGAAUCUUCAGAAAAUACUAUGAGAAGAUGGUCUAUGCCGUGGGAUUGUCGUCAUGUCACAGAAUGGCCGCGACAGGAAGUUAGAUCGAGACUUAAAGUACCCCAUCAAGAUCGUAGUAGAUCUACUACACCCGAUUCCGUUUGGAAAGCCUCUGCAAUGGCUAGUCAGGAUGGUCUUCGCGAAGCUAUUCAACUUCUUUCUUGUAAACCAGGUAUAAGGCCAUCGAAUCAGUUAUCGGUUUACACUACUCAGCACAUUCCUGGUGUGACUUUAACUACAUGUAAUUAUGAAACAAAUUACGAUUCAACGAUUUGGCCUGAAUCACGUAGAGUAUGUUCACCAAGAUGUUGGCCACACGAUUCUCAUUCGAGCGAUCAUUCCGAUCAAUCUGGACAUCGUGACAGCGAUCAAAGUGUUCACAGUGGAGAUCAUAGAGAUUCAGAGCAGAGUGUUGCUAGUGGUAGUGGUUAUGGGGAUAGCAAAGAUAGCAUUCAUUCUCAUAGCGAUCACAGAGAUAAUGAACUUGGAACAACGGAGGCUUUACCAUCGCGAAAAAGUAGUUCUUCGACCGACUCUUGUGUCUCUGCUUAUAGUCGCUCUGGUUCUGAAAGUGCUGGCGGUGGGGAAUGUUCAAGGUCUCAAUUAUACUGUAUGUGGAGCGGUAACGAUGUACCUUUCAUUAAAUUACCAGAAAGCAGUGAAGUGCAGGACGAACAUCCGCCGACCUAAAGUGUGUGUUAUUUUCUACUAGCCCCCCCUCCCCCUCCACCCGGUUUCAUGUAAUUUGAUAUCGUGUCGACGAAUUAGUGAAUGUCAAUUUCAUUCAAAACACUUGGAACUUAUAAAACAGAAAUAUCUGUAAAACUAAAUGGUCAGACAAUGUUUUUAAUGUAGCAGAAUCACAUAGUGAUUCGACGAAUUCCAUUGAUGACAUUUACAUGUUUGAUAUUUAAUGAGCGCAGUAUGACAGCGGGUUUUAACUUUUAAUGACUCAUAUAGAUUGUGGGUCUAUAUAAAAAGAAAAGAAAAAAAAAAAGGAAAAGGAAAAAAGAGAAAAUAAAAAUAAAAAUAAAGAAAAAGAAAAACAAACCAAAAGAAAAAAAAAAAAAAAAAUCACAUAACUAUUGUUAUCCGUUAUUCUUUCAUAUUUAUACUCCAAACGAAAGAUUAACUAAGUUCCAAAAAUAAAUUUAAUCGAUUGGAACUUAUCAAAGUAUGAAAAGACUAUGUGAAAUUUGUUGUAAUAAUAUAAUUACGUUAUUGUCGUGAGUCGAUACAUUUCAGUGCAAUAAUGAAACAUAUCAUAGCUCAUAAUUUAUUACAAAUAACAGUGCGUAUCGUACAUUGUGUUAAUUAGUAAUGAUUUUGUAAUUAAUGCGAAAGAAACGCAUUAUUGAGCGAAGAUGUAAUAAAUUCGUAAAUCAAUAAUUUAGUUUCGUAUUCGGCAGUGUUACUCCGAAAUGAGAUACGAGAGGAGGUACAAUAAAGAGAGAGAGAGAGAGAAAGAGAUAAAUAGAUAGAUAAAUUAGCCGAAUAGUAUAUUUGACGUAUUUACAAUUUUAUUCGUAUGGCACAGUAUAAUUGAUAAAACAUACGAUUCGAUAAGUCGGUAAAUUAAAUAGAUAUUCGCGAGAAAAGGAGGUCGUUUCAAACGAGUUAAGUGAUUCUUUUUGAUAUGCCGCUGCAGUCAUGUACAGAGACGAGUCGAACCUCUAAAAUAUUUCCUUAUCGAACAGGCAUUACUUCGUGUUGCCUAUUCCACCGAUCCAAUUCGACUUUGGUCGAAUUCGUUUUUCCAAAAGGAACUUUAAGUCCUGGACGAUGCAUUGACUUAAAUAUUCAUUAAAUAUUUCUUAAAAAUUUUUUUCCCUUCUAAAGAAACCGAUAGUCCUUUUAAAAUUCUUAAACGCUAAGAGGAUCACACUAGAGGAUAAAUAUUCUCUACCCGGUGUUCCUUAUAUAACAAGCCCUUUUUGUUAUAAUUGCACCGUUAAAAAAAAAAAAAAAAGAAAAGAAAAGAAAAGAAAAAAAAAUUGAAGAAAAAAGAAACAACAACAACAACAACAACAAAGUUCCUCUCCGUUACGGAUCAACUUGUAAAUUUUGUCUAUCGUUGAUUAGAAUCAUCUCACAUUGGGAAAACAAUGAUGGAUUUUGUUGAAAUUGCACUUUACGCGAAUAUUUCGCUUAGUUCGUACGACCUUUUUUCAAUUUUCCCUUCGUCAUCUAAUCGAUCUCAUCCUCCGUUAAUUCAUCUUCGUCCUGACCGAAAUCAUCGUAUUGAUCCUUCAGGUCAUCCUCCUCUUUAUCCAUUGGACAGUGAAUACACCUGGAUUCAUUGAUCCCGUAAUUGAUGCACGUGUCACCAAUACACUCGCAGCAGCCAUCGUGGAACCACCUAUAGCUGGUUGCACCCAUACUCUGACAGGAAGCUCGACACUUGUUCCAAGAGUUACACUGUGCCAUGAACGCCACAGUACAGUUCACCGUCAUCACGUUUGGCUUCAAAGGAUGCAUCUCUUCCUCCGCGGUUUCUGUAUCAAGCACAUAUAUUCCGAUACAUUAUAUUAUCUUCAAUUAAGUGUCGCAUGUUUUUUCUGUGUCUUUUUUUUUUUUUUUUUUUUUUCUUUUUUUUCUGUUUCUUUUUUGUUUAUUUUUCUACUUUUUCUUAUUUUUCUUUUGUUCGAUCUUUAAAUUGAAAACUUUUACAGAUAUUAAUUAUUAAGGGAAAAAAGUUUUCUUAUCGGACACUCACGCAUGUGAUAUUUGAUUUCUUUUUCUUGCUUCGGCGCGAACAAGGACAUAUCAAAAUCCACCGGAUAGGUAAAGGUGAGCCAACGUUCGUGCGGAUCCGGUUCUGCUGUAAGAGCUUGGAAGAGACCAGGUACCGGUUCGCUGAAAUCUUCCACGUGGGAUUUUUUGCUUAACGGGUUGUCCGUGAUGUUCGGCUUUGGGCAAAGAUCUUUAAAAACAUCGAUAGAAGGAAUAUUCAAUCUCUGCUGUUUAUAAUCAUUUUAUAUUCUUUUAUAUAUUCAUUUUUAAAUUGAUUGAAAUGAUUUUUCUUUAGGGGUUGGCGACGAUUCGGGAAGGGGAAGGGAGGAGCGACGACGGGGGGGUUUUUUCUUUUUUUUUUUGUUUCGUUUCUUUUCCUUUUCUUUUCUUUUCUUUUACAGAACUUACCGACGCAAGAGCAACACUCGUCGUAGAGGUAGCUGAGACAUGAGAAACACUCUUUGCAGCAGGCACAGGUGACGAGGUCGCAUUUACAACUUUGAGUGAGCAUGCACUUACUAACGACGCUUGCACAGAUCGCUUCGUUGCAGGCUUCCGAGUAAUCCGUUCUAGUCGCCAGGAGAAGAAUUCCGAUGGUAAACGCGGUGAUCAGCGCGCUCCGGCACGUCAUCGUGUUCUGAACAAAAUUCGUGAAUGGAAUUCAUUAUUUCCACGAUGCGCUAUAAACAAGUCGAUGCCAAGGAAGAAAGAAAGAGAUAGACAGAGAGAAAGAGAGAGAGAGAGAGAGAGAGAGAAAGAGCCAGGCAGUUCGCGUCUUUUUCAACGUUUCGGCCGACGACACACGUUGAUUACGACGAUAACGCUCGAUUAAGAUUAUUAAGAAUAUUCAUGAACGUGAGUCAGAACUUUGUGGUGAGAGAGAGAGAGAGAGAGAGAGAUAAGAGAGAGAUUGUACGUGUGAGAGCGAAAAGAACGAAAAUUUCAGUCCAACGCGAAUACUGGACUACGCGUUAAACCGAAGUCCGAUUGCGUCGUACUUUUCAACUGUCAUAGGAAAAUCACUUGUGCGCGUGCGAUUAUAAUUAAAAUUAUACUGCGAUAUGUUUAUAUUAUCUCAACGUAUAUUAGAACGAACGAUAAUGAUUUUAAAUUUAAUAUUUCAUAUAAUUCUUUUAAUACUUUUCUUUUUUCUUCUUUUUAAUUUUCGCAGAAUAAAAUUACUCGCGUGUUACGAGUUGAAUUGCGUCAUAAUUAAAACUAUAUUGAUAUGUUUACACUUUCUCGUCGUAUAGGAGAUCGAAUGAUCUUUAUAGUAAUGAAUUUCAAAACUCAUCGGUUGAUAUUUAUAUUUUUUUCAUUGGACGUGAGAACGAAUGAAAAAAUUGUUUUAAAUUUAAUAUUUCAUUUAUUUCUUUCAAUAUUUUUUCUUGUUUUUGCAAUUUCUUUUUUCUUUUUUUCUUUCUUUCUUUCUUUCCUUCUUGUAACCAUCACAAAAUCACUUUUUUGUAAACAUCACACGCGCCUGCGUUCAUAGUUUUCCAAUUAUAUUGAUAUAAUUAAAAUUUUUUCAAUUUAUAUGAGAAUGAAUGAAAAUUGUUUAAAUUCUACGCAUGUUUCGUAUUUAAUUCAAUACUUUUAAACUGUCUUGAAUAUCGAUUGUGUGUGAUCGUAAGUUAAAAACUUAUCUCUUAAAUCUACAUUUUCUUGUGUUAUAUGAGAAACAAAUGUAUGAAUCGUUGAGAUAUCGCGCUUUGUAUUGACACAUUAUUAUUAAGAACAUUCACGAUUAUUAUUGAUUUUUCAAAUAACGAGGAGUAAUCGAGAAUGAAACAUUUAGAAAAUAUGAGGUCGCAGAAAUGAUCGCUGAUGAAUCGCGCCGUGAAUCAGUAAAUCGCAUGUUAAAUCGCACACACGUUAUAAUCCAAUGCAAUACAAUUACGUUGAAUACAGUUGUAUCUUUCUAAGGUGCCAAUUAAAUGUCUAUUUAUAUCGAGUAUAACCACAUUUUAUGAUAUAUAUAUAUAUAUAAAUAUAUAUAUAUAAAACAAUAAGGUGAAUCACUAACUCGAAAACAUAUAUGCGCGUGACAGGAAUAAACAAGCGUAUUGACGACGGAAUAAAUUUAUAUUAAAAUUCAUUUCGAUUGAGAACAAAUUGUCAUAUUUUACAUACAUACUUCCGAGAAUAAAAUGAAAACUCCGUAGACUGUAUAAGAGUUUUCGUUUAGACACGUAGUCUCGAAGACAUUAACGGGACGACUAACAGGACCGGCGUUUAGUUCAGCUUUUUCAAACCUGGAUCCCCACUUUAAUUUUAAAAAGGUUCCAACGUAAACCGAGAGACGGUGUCGCACCAUUGAAUGGAGUGGAGUAGUACAACUUUUACGAUGAUGACGACGACAAUGACAACAACAAUCACGACUUUCAACCAAUUAUCGAAUAUUCUUCUUUUAUUUUAGCAUGUCUAAUGCAUUGAUCAAUGUGCUACCCCAUUAAUCUUUACCCUUUCUCUCUCUUUAGCAACCCUUAGAGAUAUAUAAGCGAUUGUGUACUAAGAAAGAGUAAUUAUACUUGAUUUUGAAGUGGCAGAAUAAUAUUUAUUGCUGGAUUAAUGAUUAGAAUUAGAUGUUUCUCUUUCCUUUUUUUUUUUUUUUAUGAACGAUUUAAUUUGUAUCCUUCGUGAUUAUACUUUUCUUAUAAACAUAUGCUAAUUUCAAAUCGUUGAUCAUUGUAAUGAAGAAGAGUUUAAAUCAAUGACGUUUUAUCGUAUAUUCUUACAGGUAAAAUAGUAAUUAGAUUGUUUACGUUGAAGACGCGCCGAUGCGUAUCCGAUGGCUCUAUAGAAAUUCCAUUUCGAUCGAAGUAUAGACGUUGUCCGUCAUCGUCAUGGACAGACGCGUGCUUGUUAGAGCCUCGCCUUGUUCUGGCCCGAGGCGAUGGAAUAACUUCAAUAACAAACGGCAAUCGACUCCAUGGAUGAAAGGCAACAGUAAUGUUUAUGUGUGUGUGUGUGUGUGUGUGUGUGUGUAUGCGUGUGCAUGUGUGUGUAUGUAUAUACCUAGCGUGGUCGCAUAAAAUGCGAAUAGGCGAAGGACCGCAGUCUGUGUUUCUCUUUUUAAUCCUUAAUAAGUCGUUUAUAUCAAAUGAUCUACGAACAAUAUCAACGAUGUUUGAUUUCUAAGAAUCGAUGCGAUGAUUUUUUCAUAUCAACCAGUUGGAUCCAAUUCAUAGAAACAAUUAUUUUUCUAACAGUUUCAUCUUCGGAAUCUUAUUACGGACAGAUUAGAAAAGAAAAAAAAACAAAAAAAAAAAAAAAGAAAGAAAAGAAGCAAAAGAAGAAGAAAAAGAAGUGAAAGUUCAUUGUCAAAGUUUCUGAAUAUUGAAAAAAAAAUCUUUCUGGAUCGAUCGGAUCUCUCGAUCUGGAUGCGAUUGGAUCUCUCUCUCUCUCUCUCUCUCUCUCUCUCAAGCGCGCGCGCGCGCAUUUAAUUACUUACCUCUGAUCUCGUAGAGAGACGGUGCGCAUUUGGAUUAUAUCGAUAUUUACCUUCCACAUCUAUCGGCGUAUUUCCAGCGAACAGGAGCCCGCUCGUACCAGUUACCUACGCGUGAGAAACUAUUUUAAGAGCGCGCAACCGGUUCGCGUUGCGACUGGUACAAGACAUUUCCUUCGUGAGCCGCGGCGUCUUGACUGUUGAAACUCAUGUCUAAGAAGAACUCGAAGAAGAAGUGGUUCCUCAAUGGAGGACACUGGGGACCAGGUAAAUCCUUUGGAAUAUUUCUUAUCGGUUAAACCAUUGGAAUUGAUAGUAUCGUUAGACCGAACGAUAUUGAUCGUUUAUAAAAGUAAAUUCGGAGUUUCGUUUUUCUUUUCCUUUUUUUUUUUUCCUUUUUUUUUCCCCCUUUUUUUUCUCUGUUUUUUCUUUUCCCUUCUUUUCGAUUCCUCUCUUAUUCGAUAAUUUUCUUAUUUUUCUUCUUCUUUCGGUAUGUUUUUCUUAAGUGAACUAACUCUCACCCAUCGAGUAACACCGUUACGACACUUUGCUCGAUACGCUGUGCUUUGCGACACUGCCUGUUUGCUCAUUGAAAAAAUACAACUGGUGAACGGAGAUUACGAAGGAGAAGAAAAGGAGAAAAGAAAGAAAAAGAAAAGGAAAUGGAAUAAGAAGAAGGAAGAGAGAAAAUCAGAGUUUCAUUAUUGUCGAUUGAAUCCUAAGGUUGAUGUCCUGGGGUUAAAGAGAGACAGAGAGAGAGAGAGAGAGAGAGAGAGAGAGAGAGAGAGAGA